AUGGUUGCAUAUCCCGGAGCCGACCGGGGUCUGGGAGCAGGGUUUAGGUCUACUGGCUCUGGGGACCCCUGGGAGGCUAACCACAGCUCUGUAAAACUGGGAAAGAGGCUGGGCAAAGGUUCCUUUGGAGAGGUCUAUCAAGGCCUUUAUAACAACACUCUGGUUGCAGUGAAGACCCUUAUACGUGGCACCAUGAACCCUCGGGACUUCCUAAAAGAGGCCCAGAUCAUGAAGACCAUGCAGCAUCCCAACCUUGUCCAGCUCUUGGCUGUCUGCACUAAGAAGGAACCCAUCUACAUCAUCACUGAGCUAAUGAAGAACGGAAAUCUGCUGGAUUACCUGAAGGACCGGGUUGGAAGGCUAUGCUUAAAUGACCAGAUUGAGAUGGCAGCUCAAGUGGCUUCCGGAAUGGCUUAUCUGGAGAUGAAGAACUACCUCCACAGGGACUUGGCAGCCAGGAAUGUGCUGGUCGGCGAGAACAACGUCUACAAGGUGGCUGACUUUGGCCUUGCCAGGGUCUUACAAGCCACACCAAUGCAGACCGGCGUGUAUUAUAUACCUGUAGGGAAUGCACUAUUCCCUUUGAGAUGGACGGCUCCUGAGGCCAUUGCCAACGAAAGGUUUACCAUCAAGGGUGACGUGUGGUCCUUUGGAAUCUUGCUGUAUGAGAUCAUGACCUUUGGGGGGAUUCCCUAUCCAAACAUGAACAACUCCGAGGUGAAACAGAAGGUUCACAAUGGGUACAAGAUGCCUUGCCCCAGAGACUGUCCCAGGCAUCUCCUCUGCAGUUUAUUACUGUGUGCUUGUGAUUGUUGAUGUUUUUUAUGUCGAGCUGUUCUUGUUGUUUUGUGGUUGUUUAUCCUAAGCCCAACUCUUGGGUGUUCUCCAUGUUCUGAUAAUUAUUCUUCAUGAAAAAUAUAAAAAACAGAACUGCUAGUGUGUGUGAUGAUUCAUUCUCUCUGUGGACGAGGAUCCCGGAGAGUGAGAAGUGUGUUUGUGUGUGUGCACUGCCUGUAGUGACACUUCUCUCUCCACAGUGAUGCUGGUAUCACUCCUGUUGUCACCACCAUCACCACAUCAGGUAAAGUAGCUGCUUCUCCUCUGAAAUUCCCUCUUGUCCUUUCUUCUAUCCGGUCACCUCUUCCAGCCACAGAGGUUAGGCUUCCACUGAUGUGGCUCUUUGACUUUUACUCUGCAUACAUUUCUCAUAAGCCACUAUGUCUCAUGUUGUCAUGCCAACAUGUGAAGACAAUCAGAAGUGGAAUAUCUGGUUGGUGACUACAAAAACACCAGGAAAUGAUGAGCGGAAGGUUUGGCAGCUCUGACUCUGCCAUGUUCCUCAGCAGAUAAAAGGUAUUAAAAACCAUAUAAUCUAAAAUGUUACAAAUACAAUCAAAGACCAUAGUUGUAAAAACACUGCUGCGCGAUUGGUCACUGCAACAGGGACCAAUCAGGGUGCAGCAUCUUCCACAGGAGUCACCAACGUCCCUUUUAUCUCCUC